GUUAUUUCGUCCUUCGUUUUCCUUCUCUCUUUCCAUUAUUUUCUCUUUCUCUUUUCCCUUUUUUUGCUCUCUCUCUCUCUCUCUCUACUUGAUUAUAUAUGUUCAUUUCCUUGCGAUAGAUAAAUACUAGUUUCUUAUACACCACAACACUUUCUUCGGCUUUUGUUUUCAAAUUUUGCCCAUCAUCAUCAUCAUCAUCAUCAAGAUACAUAUUGUUCUCUCUCUCUCUCUCUCUCUCUAUAUAUAUAUAUAUACUGGAGUUUUUACAUGUCUGAAGAUAUGAAUCUAUCCAUUAAUGGCCAGUCUCAGGUGCCUCCAGGCUUCCGGUUCCACCCAACCGAGGAGGAGCUUCUUCACUACUACCUCAGGAAAAAAGUGGCUUUCGAAAAGAUUGAUCUCGAUGUAAUUCGUGAAGUUGAUCUCAACAAGCUUGAACCCUGGGAUAUCCAAGAAAAGUGCAAGAUUGGAUCCACACCACAAAAUGAUUGGUACUUCUUCAGUCACAAAGACAAGAAAUACCCUACCGGAACCCGAACGAACCGCGCCACCGCGGCCGGGUUCUGGAAAGCCACCGGCCGGGACAAGAUCAUUUAUAGUGGGUUCAAAAGAAUUGGACUGAGAAAGACACUAGUGUUCUACAAAGGAAGAGCUCCACAUGGUCAAAAAUCUGAUUGGAUCAUGCAUGAAUAUAGAUUAGACGAAAGCACUCAUGACUCCACAGUUGUUUCAAAUCAGAUGGUAGCUGAUUCAGUUUCCGAAGAUGGUUGGGUGGUUUGCCGUGUAUUCAAGAAGAAGAAUUACCAGAAAUCACUAGACAGUCCCAAAGGUGCCACGUCAUCAUCCAUGUCAGGAGAUUCAAACAUGAAUAAUAAUGGUAAUAACCACUCUCAUCUUCAUCAUCAUCAUCUCCAGAUGCCUUGUCCGAGAAACGACGGCGUUUUGGACCAGAUACUUCUAUACAUGGGAAGAACUUGUAAGCUUGAAAAUGACUCCCUAGCCAACAUCUCUGCCGAGCGGUACCUGACGUCGUCGAACAAGAACGCCGCCGUGGGAGGUGGCGACGCUGUUUUCCACCAAAACUUCAUGCAUCUCCCAAGGCUUCAAGAGAGCCCAACCACCACUACCACCAACAACAACAAUAGCAGUACUCUUCAUUCUCUGCCCUUAAACGACAGCGUUUCUCCUUACAAACCUUACAGCUACGAUCAUCAUCAGUCGAUGGAGUACGACAUGCUCAUGGAAACCGAACCCUCCUCCUCAGACCACCGGAGAACCGAAGACCCAAAACCAGUAAUGGUCCCCAACAGAGUCAAUGACUGGGUUGCCCUCGACAGGCUUGUGGCGUCCCAGCUCAAUGGCCAAGAUCACGAAGAGACUUCCAAGCAAGUACUAUCUUGCUUCGGCGACAUUCAAAACGUCAUGUCGUUUUGCACUACUGAUCCACAGACUGUAGUUGACGACGAAGACGACGUCGUACAGAUGUCUUCGUAUCCGUACCUACGUUCCGGUACUGACAUGACUACCUCAACUAGAACCACAUCGAAUCUUCACAACCAAAACUACAAUGAAAACGAUCUUUGGAGUUUCGCUAGAUCGUCGUCGUCACCGUCGUCAUCGUCAGAUCCAUUAUGCCACUUGUCGGUAUAAUGGUAGCAUUGAAAAGAUAUGAUAUUAUUAUAUAUACAUAUAAUAGUACUAUAUAGGUACGUACGUACGUAUGUACGUAUAAGUUACGUAGAGAGAGAUCGAAAUAUAUUAUGUUAUUCUAUAACUAAUAAGACUUCUUUUGGUGUUACAUAAAUAAAUUAGGAGAGAUAUUUUGAUGAUGAUCAUGAUCAAAUAUUCUAGAAUAGAUAUAGUAUAAUUACUUUUGAUGAGGGUUAGUGUGGUAUUGUCAAAUUAGAAACUAUUAUUAUCUUUUU